CACCAUGGCAUCUACUCAUCUAAUCAAGGAUCCCAGCAGUCUUUCAAACCUCUUGGAGGUUCAAACCACUCAUCUUCACCUUGACUGGACAAUUGAUUUCGAGAACAAGCGAAUUUAUGGUUCGGUCUUUUUGGAUCUCAUUGCUCUUGCUGACAAUGUCACAAAGGUUGUACUUGACACAAGCUACCUUGACCUGAAGUCUGUUUCUUUGGAAGGACAAGAAUUAGAGUACAAUGUUGCUGAGCGUAAUGCCAGCCUUGGCUCUGCAUUGACCAUCCAAUUGCCCAAAGCCUUGUCUGAGGGUGACAAGAUUAAAAUCAAGGUCGAAUACUCUACUACCGAAAAGUGCACUGCUGUUCAAUAUCUGUCGCCAGAGCAAACUUUUGGAAAGAAGCAUCCCUACUUGUUCUCUCAGUGCCAAGCUAUCCAUGCUCGCGCCUUUGCUCCCUGCCAGGAUUCUCCUUCAGUCAAACUGACUUACUCUGCUGCCGUGACCUCACCUCUCCAGGUUGUAAUGUCCGCUCUCCACACGACUAAGGAAGAGGCUGGUGAAAACACAGUCUAUCACUUUGAACAGAACACCACUAUUCCUACUUACCUGAUUGCGAUUGCUGUCGGUAACUUGGCCGGUCGUGAAAUUGGCCCUCGUAGCACUGUGUGGUGUGAGCCUGAGAUGGUUGAUCAAGCUGCUUGGGAAUUCGAUGACACCGAGCGUUUCAUUGCUACCGGAGAAGCAUUGUUGACUCCUUAUGAGUGGGGACGUUAUGAUCUUCUUGUCCUCCCUCCUUCUUUCCCUUAUGGAGGCAUGGAGAAUCCUUGUCUCACCUUUGUUACUCCCACUCUGUUGGCUGGCGACAAGAGCGCAGUAGAUGUAGUGGCUCACGAAAUCUCUCACAGUUGGAUGGGUAACCUGGUCACAACUCAGAAUUGGGAACAUUUCUGGCUCAAUGAGGGCUGGACUGUUUUCGUGGAACGCAAGAUUGCCCAGCGCCUCCAUGGUGAGGCCGAGCGCCAGUUUAGUGCAAUCAUUGGCUGGAAGGCAUUGAAGGAGAGUGUCGAGUUGUUUGGCGAAGAUUCCCCUGCAACAAUUCUCAAGCCUGACCUAAGCAGUGGAAUUGAUCCUGAUGAUUACUUCAGUUCGAUUCCCUAUGAAAAGGGAUUCAACUUGCUCUACCAUCUUGAAAAGGUUUUGGGCGGACCUGCUGUUUUUGAGCCUUACAUGAAGGCUCACGUUGUGCGUUUUGCUUCAAAAUCCAUCACAACCGAAGACUGGAAGGCACACUUGUACGAGUACAUGGGAGAACACCAUGGUCAGGAGGCCAUUGAUAAGCUUGAUGCUGUUGAUCUUGAUAAGUGGAUUAACAGUACUGGUAUGCCUCCUGUUGACCCUCAGUUUGAUACAACCUUGGCUGAUGCCUGUUAUGAUCUUGCUAAGCGUUGGGACGAGGCUAGAGACAGCCACGAUCUUACUCAAUUCAAGUCCCAGGACAUUGCCGAGUUCACUGCAACUCAAAAGAUUGUAUUCUUGGAGAGAUUGACUGAUUGUGAGCCCUUGCCCCAUCAUUUGAUUGAAAAGAUGGACAGUCUGUACGAUAUGACACCUAUCCGUAACGCCGAUGUUCGUUUCAGAUGGCAACAAUUGUGUGUAAUGACCAGCUACGAGCCAAUCUACCCUGAACUUGUGAAGUUCAUCAGUGAACAGGGUCGCAUGAAGUUUGUUCGCCCUCUUUACCGCCUUCUUCACCGUGCAAAGAAUGGAGCACAGCUGGCUGUUGAUACAUAUCUUGCACACAAGAACUUUUACCACCCAAUUGCUGCUCAAUUGAUUGAGAAGGAUAUUGGACUUCGUCAGUAAAUAAAUAUACAUAUGCUACAUAUCAUUGUGCAUAGUGUAGUGUAUGUAUAAAAUAAUAUGAUCCUCUUUUUUUUCUUAUUAAAAACAAAUCGGGUUCCAUGAGAAAAUGAAGGAAUGCAAAUGACAAGACUGCUAUUUUUCCUAUUUAAAAUAUUUUAUAUAAAAUAACAAUAACAAUAAUG